UCAGAGCAUGCGCUGUGCUUACUGUGCGGACUAUAGCCUUACAAGCUAGAGAAGACGAGGAGGAGGAGGAAGAGGAGGCAAUAAUCGGACGAUGGCGGGCAAGGCUGGUACCACCCCAACUACAUACUCUCCUUCGCCAACCCUAAAAACCAAGCGACCCAUUUUCAAUGACCUCGAUUGGGUGAGACCUGAUGGUCGCGGCUUUCAACAGUGCAGACCUGCCUUUUUGAGGACGGGGGCUGUGAAUGCUGCAUCAGGGUCUGCCUUUGCGGAGGUUGGAAAUACGAGGGUCAUUGUGUCAGUUUUUGGGCCUAGAGAAAGUAAGAAGGCUAUGAAGUAUAGUGACAUUGGUCGGCUGAAUUGUAAUGUCAGCUAUACAACUUUUGCCACUCCAAUUCGUGGGCAGGGAUCAGAUCACAAAGAAUACUCCUCGAUGCUUUUUAAAGCUUUGGAGGGUGCCAUAAUCCUGGAGACUUUCCCCAAGACAACUGUGGAUGUGUUUGCGCUGGUUUUGGAAUCUGGUGGCGGUGAUCUUCCUGUUGUGAUAUCGUGUGCUAGUCUUGCCCUAGCAGAUGCAGGAAUUAUGAUGUAUGACUUGGUUGCCUCAGUUUCUGUGUCUUGCCUUGGUAAGAACAUUGUCAUUGAUCCUAUUGCGGAGGAGGAAAGCUACCAAGAUGGAAGCCUAAUGAUUGCUUGUAUGCCUUCUCGUAAUGAGGUCACCCAGCUGACUAUCACGGGAGAAUGGUCAACUCCAAAGAUUAAUGAGGCAAUGGAGCUGUGUCUUGAAGCUUGCUCAAAGCUCGCAAAGAUCAUGAGGUCAUGUUUGAAAGAAGCUGCUUCUGCUUUGCCGGAAUAGAGAUUUUCUACCCCUUUUUCGUUCGUCCCCUUGUCACAUUACAGAUUAAAACCCCCUCCACCCACCUCCCAUUAUUUUUUUUCUAAAAAAAUUUCUUUUUCUUUUUCUCCUUCCAAUUCAAUGUAUAAAUUAUUUUGCUUUAGGAAAAAUUGACUUUUUUUUUUUUUAGGGGGGGGGGGGGUGGUAGAAUUUGUGUCUAUUUGAAUGUUAGCCCCUGUUUUCUUUGAGUAUCCGUAUUUUUCGAGUCAACUUGGGGCCCUAGAUGUGCAUCUGUGAAGGAAGAUAACAGACAGCAGCACCCAUUCACAAAUGGUUGCUACCCAUGUAAGGAUGGGAAAUUACGGCAUUAUUGAGUCAGAAGGAAGCCUUUACUAA